AUGUCCUACAAUUGCUCUCCCAGGCCGACCGGAACACACUGCACGGUCCCCGCCACCGCCGUGGUCACCGCCUCUCCCCAAGAUGCUGACUGCUUGAAUGGCAUCUAUUUGCCCAGCUCCUUCCAGACUGGCUCCUGGCUGCUGGACCACUGCGAGCAGGCCUUCUGUGAGCCCAGUGUCUCCUGCCAGCCAGCCUGUUACACGCAGACCUCUUGCGUCUCCAGCCCAGGCCAAGUGACCUGCAACAGACAAACCACCUGCGUGUCCAACACCUGCAGCCGGCCGCUCGCCUUCGUCUCCAGCGGUUGCCAGUCCCAGGGUGGCAUCUCCAGCGGCUGCCAGCCAAUAAGCGGCGUCUCCACCGUCUGCCGACCAGUGGGAGGUGUCUCCGCCGUCUGCCAGCCAGUGGGCGGAGUUUCCAGCGUCUGCCAACCAGUGGGAGGUGUCUCCACCGUUUGCCGGCCAGUGGGAGGCGCCUCCGUGGUCUGCAAACCUACCUGGGGCUCCAGGAUGUACCAGACCUCUACCUUCUCCAGCGGCAGGGGUACUUGCUAAGCCGUGGAACGAGCAGGGAACGAAUGAAUGGAGACUCCACCAUGCACCGACUGCAUUUCCAGGAUCUCCCAGCAAGCCUCCUGUCCCCCCCCCCCCCCCCCCCCCGCCCCAAGCAGCCAACUCUGUAUUGCAGAUCCUUAGUUCAACUGCCUGAUUUGCCUUCCUCUAGCCCAGCAUCAGCUGCUUUUGGUAAUCUAAGACUGUUUUUUUUCCUGGCUGGCACCAAGCUGAUUUGAAGAAUGGAUGGUGCCCAGACUUCUGGAUGCUUCUAGAAACUUUACCACCCCACGCCCCAGUCUCUGAUGGUUUCGACAUGUUUUGAUCUUGCUGCUGUGCCCCGCCCUGGCUUCUGCUUUUGUGCCCUGGCUUCUGCUUUUGUGCCUCUCGAUAAAAAGGGAGCUGUGUCGCUCUGUAUUUCUCAAUAAACUUGCAUUCUUUGGCGUUGCAAA